AUGGCAGGGAACUCUUUCGCUGACGGUGGACUUCGGUGUAGCUUUGUGGAUCCGUACGCCGUCGAUCUCCGCUUAGAAUGGAAUCACCACCCUCGGGACAGGGGAGAAGCUAUACAGGAGCGUUGGUGGGACUGGAUCGAUAGAAGAGAGAGUGACACAGUAUCGGAAAGCGUCCAGCGGUACAAGAGGGAGCAUGCCCUCGAAUCUGCAAACAAAUGCGCUGAACGAUAUGCGCGACCCUUGGCGAACUACCACGGCGGCAGAGUCAUAUUGAACGCUGAAGACCCUGGGGAACAUGCCUCCGGCCAUUCAUUUUGGCGGGCCAGAGCAGAAUAUUACAGAUUGGAGCAUGAGAAGCUCCAGGAGGAUGAUUAUCAUCGGGCCAGUAGGUCAGUGACACCAGGAGUGGCCUACCCAGGUGUGCCUUGGUAUACCGAACUCGAUCGCGCCAAGUGUGAAGCAGGAAAUGUAGCUCGAAUGCUAGCCGAUUUCCCUGCUGGCAAGGCUUUAUUAGAGGCUGAAGAUCACGGGAAUUUGACCAAGGACGGCGACUACUGGUGGAGCCUAGAGAAUUUUCAGAAACCUCCACCUGAGAAACUUUACAGUGCCCAACUCAAGGUCGAGUUGCAGAGGACGAAACUCGAACGCGCCAAACGCUCCGCAGACUCGAGAGCCCGAGACUUGGCCACUUUCCCUGCCGGCAAGGCCUUGUUAGAUGCUGAAGACCACGGGGACUGUGUGGUGGACCCUGGAUAUUGGUGGAACAAGAAGAAGUAUUAUGAGGCUGAAUACGAUAAGCUUCAGGAAGAGUUUUGGGAGCGAUGGAAACGUACACAUCUAGACGGCGGAGAGACUCCUCUUGAGUCUCUAGAAUGCGGAGAAUCGCCUCCUGAGGCUCUAAAUGCCUCCAGACCAAAGACAAGAGCACGGAAGUCGUCAGCGCCCAGAGAGCGUCCCAGCGCCAGAGUCACUAGGAGUACCACACAGCGAGGGAAAGAGACAGACCGACCACUGUUGGGGUCCACCGCGAGCAGUCCAAAUUCGGAUGCGGGUACCAAGAAGACAAAGGAUGCACGCUCUAUCGAGCGCCGCCAAAGCAAGAACAAAUACCGACGGCAGAAUGCACACGUGGCAGAGAGAAAGCCACCGCCACCGUCCCCGUCCCAAGCCUGCUCUGUUGACCAGAGACCAUACAAUGGCUACGCGACCCCCAGAUCCGACGAAUCAAGAACACGACGGUCAACGAUCAAGGAGCUGUGCAAGGGCUCAACACAACAAAGACGUCACAAGGUUACAGACAAAAUUUCGGACGGGGAACAGAAGAAGUCAUAUUCGCAAUCGCAAAAUCCUUACGUGACUCCGAGCUCCCCAGAUUUCUCCACAGUAAGAGCACGACAACGUCGUAAACGCAAGGAUAUCGCACGGCAGAAACGUCGCCUGGAUUGGGAUAGUACUUACCUCGAGUCCAGGGCAUUUGCAGGCUUGUCGCGACACUCUGGUGUCAACUUCCAACAUGGACGAAUCCUGUGCAAGCAUCUCAAACUGGAGCAGGAGCUGAAGUCGCUGAUAGACUACGGGUUGGAAGUUCAGCGUGACGACUGCAGCAAGACCGCGGAACAGGUUUAUGACUAUAUCACGGAGAAAUUUCCUACCUUUUUCACGAUCGACGUGCUUCCUCAGCCGGUCACGGUCCAAAGGCUCGAUUUGAGACUCAAUGUGAAUCACACUUGUCAAGCGACCAAUCAGCUGAAAGACAAAAUCCUCAGAAUUAGGGAAGAGUAUAGGGGGGGUAAUAAUAUCGUAUUAGAUGCCGAGUACCACCAGAGUAUAUGUGUGGACCUCUGGAUUGCGGUAGAAUUAUGUCGGAGGUACGGUCUAGCUGAGUUAGAGGAGAAACUACGUAACUUGAAAGGUGUCCCGCAGGAGCCAGUAAAGAAACCGGAGCUUUCAGAGCCAGUAAAAGAGCCAGAGCUUUCAGAAUUCAUUGAAAUCAAGGAUUUUCCCAGCCCUAUCAUGGUUCGAAUGUUAGACUUUAGAAUCAACGUCUCCCACAUCGCCAAACUUAUUGGCCGUUUAAGAGCGGCACUAGCGAACUUCAGAAAUAGGUUGAGUUCUGAGGCUUACGAGGAUUUGCGGGGAAAUAGGAAGCGUUAG